AUGUCUGUCUACACUGGAGAGUCACGAGGCGAGCUGCUCUCAUGGCUCAACGACCUCCUCGCCCCCCAGGUCGUACAGAAGGUCGACGAAUGCGGCAAAGGUAUCGUCUACUGUCAGGUGCUCGACUCGAUCUAUGGCGACCUCCCCAUGUCUCGUGUCAAGUUCAACGCGCGCAUGGAGUACGAGUACCUCGAGAACUUUAAGAUUCUGCAGAAGGCGUUCGCCAAGCACAAGAUUGACAAGCCGAUUCCUGUCGGCAAGCUCGUCAAGUGCCGGAUGCAGGACAACCUCGAGUUCCUGCAGUGGAUGAAGAAGUUCUGGGACGCCAACUCGACUGGAGCGGCGUACGACACUACAGGACGGGGCAUGAUGGCGUCGUCGGGAUCGGGUGCUCCCCCGGUGCGCGCGAGCACGGCGCGCACUACCACAGGCCGCCCGUCGGUCGGUGUUGCGGCGCCCCGCGCGCCAUCGGCCGCGUCGACCGCGCAGAUCAACCAGCUCACCGCGCAGGUUGUCGAGAUGCAGGCGCAGUGCGAAGGCCUCGAGAAGGAGCGUGACUUCUACUUUGCCAAGCUGCGGUCGAUCGAGCUCAUAGUCGGCGACCGUAUCAACCUCGACCACAUCGAUCCCGAGGAGCGGGAUACGCUUGCCAAGGUCCAGGAGGUGCUCUACCAGACCGAGGACGGCUUCGAGGUUCCAAACGACGAGUUCGAUGGCGAGUUGGACGACGAGGAGACGUUCUAA